UCCUCUGGGUGUCUCUGAGGCCAUCCAGAGGCCAGAGCCCAGGCCGAUUAACUGCAAAGUCAAGAGAGGACCACAGAGUUUGGAACUGUGUGCGGACCGCUUGCAGCGCAGAGGGCGGGAGGGAGGAAAGGGAGGAGGGCUUAGGGAGCUGAGGCCCCACCUUUCAUUCCAGCAAAGUGCACCGGCGGAGCAGGGAUGAGUCACAGGCACUGGAGCUCAGGUUCCCAUAGGUGAGGGACUGGCUCUUCUCUCUGGGAAAACGAGGUGCCAGUUCUUACUGGAGCGGCCUUGGCAGGGUGUUGGAGCCCUCGGUCUGCCCGGUCUGGUCUCUGGGGCCAGGGCUGGGUUCCCUCAUGUAUGGCAAGAGCACUUCGAGUGCUGGGCUGCUUCUCCUUGGUGUGCAGCUCACAGCCCUUUGGCCUAUAGCAGCUGUGGAAAUUUACACCUCCCAAGUGCUGGAGGCUGUCAACGGGACAGAUGUUCGGUUAAAAUGCACUUUCUCCAGCUUUGCCCCCGUGGGUGAUGCGCUAACAGUGACCUGGAACUUCCGUCCUCGAGAUGGGGGCCCCGAGCAGUUUGUAUUCUACUACCAUGUGGAUCCCUUCAAACCCAUGAGUGGGCGUUUCAAGGAUCGGGUGGUCUGGGACGGGAACCCUGAGCGGUACGACGUCUCCAUCAUCCUCUGGAAGCUGCAGUUUGACGACAAUGGGACAUACACCUGCCAAGUGAAGAACCCACCUGACGUUGAUGGGCUGAUAGGGGAGAUUCGGCUGAGCGUCGUGCACACUGUACGCUUCUCUGAGAUCUACUUCCUGGCUCUGGCCAUUGGCUCUGCCUGUGCCCUGAUGGUCAUAAUAGUAAUCGUGGUGGUCCUCGUCCAGCAUUUCCGGAAAAAGCGAUGGGCCGAAAGAGCUCAUAAAGUGGUGGAGAUAAAAUCAAAAGAAGAGGAAAAGCUCAACCAAGAUAAAAAGGUCUCUGUUUAUUUAGAAGACGCAGACUGACAUUCUUAGAUGGAAGCUGAAGAUUCCCAAGAACAAGCACCCUAGGAUAAGCUGAAGUUAAUGGAAGCUUUUCUUUGGCUUUACCAGUUGUGACUUGUCUUCCAACCAGCCCUGCAGCACAUAACCACCCAGAGAAGCAACGUCUCUCUCUGGAGCCAGCAUAGGCCCAGGGCCCUCUUGAGCUGAUACCGGGAGACUCACACACAGCCCAUCACUACGGUUUUAUUUAAUUUCAGAGUGCAAAUACUUUUCAAAUGCUCAUGAGCUUUUUAUACUGAGAAACUACAUUUUUGCCCUUGAACACUCCUUGGGGAUUAUUAAUUGUAUGCACGCCCAUUGGUGUCAAAUGAGAUGAAAGCCAUCUUGUCAGUCAUGACAUUUCCUUUAAUGUAUUAGUUUCUUCAGAGCAGCGCUCUUGCUGCUAAGGUUAAUGUGUUUACUUUUUCCUUCUCAGUCUCAACUAAAAGAUGAGCCAAUUCUCUCCGCCGUUUUUGAUCAAUUAACAGGAAACCCUAAAUCCCGUUCAACAGUUUGAUUUUUAUGGCUCUCCUUGAGUAUGGGACACAUCUUGUUUUAUUGAAUUUCUUUCAGUAUCCCAGAUGAUUGUCUGUUUUGGUUGAUCCCACAUUUAUAAUUAGCACAAAUCUAAAUCACAGAGUAACUAGAAGAGUUUAUGUAAAUGCUUAUGGAUUGACAGAUGCCACCUCAGGAUGAAUCACUUGUCACCUUUUUUCUCUGUGUUCCGAAAAAACAACCAACAGAGCAAGUCUUCCGUGAGCAGUGGAUACUGUUCAGCUUACUGUUCAGUUAUAACAACAGAGCAAAAUCUGUGCUCUUUUGCAGACUGGAAUCCUCAAGCAGUUACACAGAAGGUUCUGGAAUAGUAUAUUAUGACUAUAAAAAUUUAGGGCUGGUGAAAAAAAUCAAGCCUAAGUGAUGAUAAUUUUGUACAGUGUUAUAUAAAGCUGGGAGAACUGGAUGA